CUAGCUAUAAAAGUUUAGGUCAGUGUUAACUCAUGGGAAACCGGCGGAAGUGAAGAACUUGCAUCAGAAACAUGGCUGGUGAAAGCGAAACGACAACUCAGAACCAAGUUCAAACUAAACAACCACAUUUAUCUAAACAGGAUAUUACAAAUUUAGAUGUCAAAUCUUUAACACCAUUAUCACCUGAUGUGAUAAGUAGGCAAGCAACAAUCAAUAUAGGAACUAUCGGCCAUGUAGCUCAUGGAAAAUCUACUGUUGUAAAAGCAAUCUCUGGUGUCCAGACUGUCAGAUUUAAAAAUGAAUUGGAAAGAAAUAUUACAAUCAAAUUAGGUUAUGCAAAUGCAAAGAUUUAUCAAUGUGAUAAUGAUGCCUGUCCUCGGCCAGACUGCUAUAGGUCCUGUGGCAGUGCUAAAGAUGAUUCUUUUGUUUGUGACAGACCUGGAUGUGGAGGCAGAUUCAGGUUGAAAAGACACGUGUCUUUUGUGGAUUGUCCUGGUCACGAUAUUCUUAUGGCUACUAUGUUGAACGGAGCAGCUGUCAUGGAUGCAGCAUUGCUUAUGAUAGCUGGCAAUGAGUCUUGCCCCCAGCCCCAAACCUCAGAACAUUUGGCAGCUGUUGAAAUAAUGAAGCUGAAGCAUAUACUUAUUUUACAAAAUAAAAUUGACCUGGUGAAAGAAUCCCAAGCCAAAGAACAGUAUGAACAGAUCCAAGCAUUUGUUAAGGGAACUGUGGCUGAAGGUGCUCCUGUUGUUCCAGUGUCUGCUCAGCUUAAAUAUAAUAUUGAUGUCAUCUGUGAAUAUAUCAUCAAACGUAUUCCUGUACCUGUUAGGGAUUUUUUGUCAGAACCACGGCUUAUUGUUAUUCGAUCUUUUGACGUGAAUAAGCCUGGCUGUGAAGUAGAUGAUAUUCUUGGUGGUGUGGCAGGUGGUUCAAUUCUUAGAGGUGUUCUUAAGAUCAACCAAGAGAUAGAAGUUCGACCUGGUGUUGUGUCCAGAGAUCAGGAAGGAAAGUUGACCUGCAGACCAAUCUUUUCUAAAAUUGUGUCUUUGUUUGCUGAACAGAAUGAUCUACAGUAUGCAGUACCUGGUGGAUUGAUAGGUGUUGGCACAAAGAUGGAUCCAACUCUUUGUCGUGGUGAUCGUCUUGUGGGUCAAGUACUUGGUGCUGUGGGUGCUCUGCCAGACAUUUUUACUGAACUUGAAAUUUCCUUCUUUUUGCUGAGAAGAUUACUGGGAGUGAAAACUGAAGGAGACAAAAAGGGUGCCAAGGUUCAAAAACUGAGCAAAAAUGAAAUUUUGAUGGUAAAUAUUGGCUCCCUCUCAACUGGCGGACGUGUUUUGGCAGUCAGGGCUGAUUUGGCUAAAAUUGGAUUAACAGCUCCUGUAUGUACAGAAGUAGGAGAAAAAAUAGCACUCAGCCGUCGUGUGGAAAAACAUUGGCGACUUAUUGGUUGGGGACAGAUAAGACGAGGUGUGAAGAUAACUCCAGACUCCUAAGUAGCAGGGCAGUACAAUCUUCUAGAAUGGCACCAGUUUGGAGCAUUUAGUCAAAGACUUCUCAACCUAUUAGUGAUGGGGAAGGGGGAAGAAACAAUCAAUAAAUGAUUGAUCUGUAUAAGCAAAUGUUACAUUUUUAAUUGAGGUUAUUGGUGUCAUAUAGUGUACUUCAUCUUGUUGUGGUCCGUCUUUUUUUUCUUAAUUAAAGAAAAUUAUUGUAAAAUCUCAAA